UGGCCGGGACUCUGGGGCAGGGCGAAAAUGGGGGCCACGCAGACCCAGGGGCAGACCCAAGGAGGAUAGAACGUUGCCUGUCAGGGAGUCGUGAGGGAUUUUGCAGGGUCCUUAAAGUGAUGAGAUUGUGGAUUGGGAGAGACCUUUGGAUGGGGUGCAAGAGUGUGCGCCCCCGGGCCACGUGAGAGCUGCAGCGGGCGGGGGAGGGCGCGGGGAGAGCGGGGCGCAUCUGAUGGGGAUCUGUGUCAUCCGCUCAUCAGGCUGAGAUCAUUUCAUUAUCACGAUGGUUCUCACCCCCUAGUGGCGUAGUAGAAGCCCUUGGGGAGCUUGAAAGGAACCCAGAAGCGGGGGCCCGACCCCUGGAGAUUCCGAUUGGAUUAGUUGGGGUGACGCCUGGACCUCGGGAUUGCAGAGCAGCCCGUCGGCCGAUAUGUAACGCGCGGAUGGACUGCAGAACCACCGCACGCUUCAGCGCCGGCUUUCAGUUAGCCACGGGGCCACCUGGGCUGGGCCCAGUCUGCUCCCCGCGGCGAAGCUGCUCACCCGCCCGAGCGCCGUGGCCACCGGCGGAAAGGAAGAAGGUCCCUCCUUCAAUCAGGUUGUAGAGGGUGGAGGCAGCGAGGUGCAAGAACAGAGGCCUGGUUGGAGGAGAGCCGGCCUGAAGAACCGAUCCGGCAUGGGCAGAGCAGGAGGCCCUGGCAGGCUGGGCAGGGAGAGGAGCCGCGGAGGCCGGCGGGCCAGGACAGGUCCUGGGGGUUGCUGCUGCUCCUGUCGGACUCUCGAGGGCCUGACUGAUGGGAAGCGGAAGUGGCUGCCCUGCCGUGUGUCUGUGCAGGAAUGAGCAGAGACGGCCCAAGGGCCAGUGGACAAGGAUGGCCAGACAGCCUGUGGCCAUGCACCUUCCUCAGAGCUUCGGGGCCUGAGACGGGCAUGGCGGCGGCGGCGGGGCUGGGGGGGCUCCAGGCCCGGCUGCUGGGCCUGCCCACAGCCCUGGUCUAUGGCUCCCUGGCCCUCUUCAUCUCCGUCCUGCACAAUGUCUUCCUGCUCUACUACGUGGACACCUUUGUCUCCGUGUACAAGAUCAACAAAGUGUCCUUCUGGGUCGGAGAGGCCGUGUUUCUCCUCUGGAACAGCCUCAACGACCCCCUCUUCGGCUGGCUGAGUGACCGUCGGUUCCUUAGCUCUCAGACCCGGUCGGGCCCCCAGCUCUCCUCCAGGGCCGUGGUGUUGGCCCGGGUGCGGGCGCUGGGCUGGCACGGGCCACUGCUGGCGCUGUCGUUCCUGGCCUUCUGGGUGCCCUGGGCUCCCGCGGGCCUGCAGUUCUUGCUCUGCCUGUGCCUCUACGAUGGUUUCCUGACGCUCGUGGACCUGCACCACCACGCCUUGCUGGCCGACCUGGCCGUCUCAGCCCACGGCCGCACCCACCUCAACUUCUACUGUUCCCUGUUCAGUGCGGCCGGCUCCCUCUCGGUCUUUGCCUCCUAUGCCUUCUGGAACAAGGAGGACUUUUCUUCCUUCCGUGCCUUCUGCGUGGCACUGGCUGCUGCCUCUGGCCUGGGCUUUGUGGGGGCCACCCAGCUGCUGAGGCAGCGUGUGGAGGUCACCAGCAGGGAGCCUGCCUGCCCGGCCCUGGCUGAGGAUGGCAGCCUGUGCGGAGAGCGGCUGCUGGUGGGGGGCGAGGAGGCGGGCAGCAUCACCUUGAGCCAGUACUUGCGGCAGCUGGCACGCCACCGGAACUUCCUGUGGUUCGUGGGCAUGGACCUGGUGCAGGUGUUUCACUGUCACUUCAACAGCAACUUCUUCCCCCUCUUCCUGGAGCACCUGUUGGCUGACCGCAUCUCCCUCUCCACAGGCUCUUUCCUGCUGGGCAUCUCCUAUGUUGCGCCCCACCUCAACAACCUCUACUUCCUGUCCCUGUGCCGCCGCUGGGGAGUCUACACCGUGGUGCGGGGGCUCUUCGUGCUCAAGCUGGGCCUGAGCCUGCUCAUGCUGUUGGCUGGCCCCGACCGGCCGGGCCUGCUCUGCCUCUUCAUCGCCAGCAACCGCGUGUUCACUGAGGGCACCUGCAAGCUGCUGACCCUGGUGGUCACGGACCUGGUGGACGAGGACCUGGUGUUGAACCGCCGCAAGCAGGCCGCCUCGGCGCUCCUCUUUGGCAUGGUGGCGUUGGUGACCAAGCCGGGCCAGACCUUCGCCCCGCUACUGGGCACCUGGCUACUGUGCUUCUACACAGGUCACGACCUCUUCCAGCAACCUCUGCUGGCCCCCGUGGGAAGUGCCCAGCCGUGGCCGGAGCCCCCGGCCGUGCCGCCAGCACAGGCGCCUUCGCUCCGCCAGGGCUGCUUCUACCUGCUGGUGCUGGUGCCCAUCACCUGCGCCCUGCUGCAGCUCUUCACCUGGUCCCGGUUCACGCUGCACGGGAGCCGCCUGCACAUGGUCAAGGCCCAGCGCCAGAGCCUGGCCCAGGCCCAGCCCCUGGACGUGAAGACGGUGUGAGCGGAUGGCGAGGCCCAACUGUGUUGAGGAUACUGCCAGAGCCGGGGCAGGCACCCCUGGCCAGCCCGGUGUCCUCCUCCCCCGCCUUCCUCACGUGCAGCCUGCAGGACGGGGCAUGAGAGGGACUCGUGGGACUGAGGCGUCCCGGGCUCUCGGCUCGGGCAGCUGUCCCGCCCCGGGAAAGACAGCGCCAUAUGUGCUCAGGGAUCCGCCCCGCCUGUGGCGUAGGUGGAAGACGAGGACCAAGAGGCGUGGGGCCGGGGCUGGCCCGUCGGCCGGGGCUGGCGCUGGUGCGCCGUGUGGGCUCAGGAACCACUUUUGAUAUGUCAACCCCCUUUCUCGAGACCCACCGCCUCCCUCCCCCUUCUCCCCCCUUCUUUUUCAGCGUCCUCUGCUUCAGCUGUGCCUGAAGCUGCACCAGCCCUGCCCUCCCUCCCCCCCUCCCCCUGCUGGGGCUACAGGAAACCCUCCUCCACCCCCACCCCCACCAGCAAUGAGGUCGUUCCAGGUGGAUUAAAGUCAGUCAUUCUCCUGAG